GGGAUAGAGAAGGGAAGCUUUCUCCUCCUCAUGGACACGUGUAGUGUGUUCAAUUAUUUCGGUGUUAGAUUUUUAACCGUCUAACUUUUCUGUUGAGCCUCCUGCAGUUACAAUCAAAGGACCAUGGAGCACAGCCUGCGCCGUUUGAAGCUGGAGUUGCAAUCUAUGAAGGAAGCUGGAGACGGACUGCAGGACCAGAUGAAUUGUAUGAUGGGCGCACUCCAGGAGCUGAAACUUCUCCAAGUGCAGACAGCUUUGGAGCAGUUGGAGAUCUCAGGGUUCCAGGGCCAAGCCUCAUCCAUCACUCAGUGUCAGCCGUGGCUGAGAAACGGCAAGAGCAGCGAGAGUUGGCCAGGCACCAGGCUGGAAACAGACGGCUGCAAACCUAGUGGCAGCAAACUCCACACACCAAGUCCUGCAACCUUUCCAAGCCAGGCUGAGAAACCUCUGGGCUCACACCUAAGAGAAUCUCUGAAGGACACUCCUUGUGAGGAGAUGCAGCCUUCGGAGCUGUUAUCCAGGUCUCUUAAUCCUCUCGAUACACUGUCACCAGUUUCAUCUCGACAUCUCGACAAGCAGACCCAGGCAGCUGCCUCUGCAAAGGUACAUGAGCCCCCCACGCCGAGCAAGUUGGGCAAGAAGACGAUGCAAGAUUGCAAUGCCUCCAAUGACUGGACCUCCUCUUUGCUCUCUCAAAGUAGAAACAGGCAGCCCCUCAUUCUGGGUGACAACAUCUUCGCGGACUUGGUGGGCAAUUGGUUGGACUUGCCUGAGUUGGAAAAGAAGCCUCCUCCGGCCACUGCGGAUGGAAGAUCUGGACAUGACCACGGCCCCUUGCUCAGCAGAUCUCAAGAAUUCCAGAAGAAAUUGAACCUGACGGCCAACAUCUUCAAGAAGCUGCUGAGAAGUGUUCGGCCUGACAAAGGCAAGCUGGUGAAAGAGAAAUGCAGCAAGGUACCGAUGGGUAAUCCUGGAGAUGCGAUAGCCAAGAGAUCGAGCAAGGCAUCCAAGCAGAAGGUCACUUUUUACUUUGAACUGCGGGGAAACAACAGUCAGAACAAGAAAGUGCAGGAUGACUGUGGAACCUUACUGGAUAAAAAUGAUCUCAGAUCCAACAGCUGUGCAAAUAAACUGAUCCAGUCAGUAACAGAAAAACAGUCCCCAUUUGACUAUAACUCUGUAGUUUGGGUCUGAUUUAAAAUAUGAAAACCCUUGAAAGAAAAAUGAAUUGCACUUAAUUUCAUUUAUAUCCUACAGUGGUCCCAAAGACAAUGGGAUCAAUAUUGUUUACAGUAGUUUUUUUUUCCAAACACUUCCUUUUUGAUUAUUUGAUUGCGAAACAUGUCAAGAUUAUUUAAAAGGACAUCGUCAGACAGAACAUCUUCAAAUUAUUUUUAUCCCUCGGUUUGCCAUAUUUCACAUUAAGACAAACCUGCGUGGAACUAUGUCUCUUUGCAAAUUGCCUACGAGGUUACCACAAUCCAAUAGAUCGAUUCCUCUCAUCUGCUAUCUGUCAUUAGUAAGUGAGGUCAUUCCUCAUUAAUAACUCCUGUAAUCCCUUGCUCACCUUCUGAAACAGCUGGCUUUGUCUUUAGACCUGAGCAUUGAAGCCCUCGAGUUCAUCUAUUUUGUUCUUCACUUACAGGGUUUCACUGAACUUGAUAUUUGAUCCCAGGAUUGGCCAUUUGCUGUAUCCUGAUUGCCACAUGGCAUAAGUGAUGAAUCAUGAGAGUCAUGACAAUGUACCACAGCCUGAUGUUUCCCUUUCCAGAAUGCCUCACCUCCAAGUUCCCCUGUGAGCCACUCACCAUCCUGACUUAGAAAUAAUAGCGCUGUUCUUUCAGUGUCACUGGGUCAAAAUCCUGGAACUCCCUUCCUCAGAGUCUACCUACACAUGGACUGCAGUGGUUCAAGAAGGCAGCUCACCCCCACCUUCUCAAGGAGCAUCUAGCGACUGGCAAAAAAUACUGGUCCAGCCAGUGACACCCACACCCUAUGAUGUUAUUUCUAAAAACCCGAGACCAGCUGAAUCCAGACUAAACUGGAAAAUGAGAUCUUCCUGUACUGUAGUUUUCAAUGUCACAAAGAGCAGUAUAUUUAAUGAUGGACUUGAACAUGAGAUCUUUGCCUCUGUAUCUCUGGUGUUAUUAUUUUCCUGUGUUUAAGGAGGCCAUCUCCUUUUUUAGCUUUCUUAGUAAGUUCAAAUGGACAAAUUCUUCAUGCCUGUAAGGGUGAUAGGAUAGAUUCAUCAGAUGAGUGUGAAUUUCCUGUGGUCUGUGAACGAGUGAGAUGAAGCAUAAAAACUUUGUUUGAGUUUAGAAUCUGAUUUGCUUGUUAGUAUUUGGGAGGAUGUUGUAGAAUAGGGAGAUACUGUUCACUGCCUAUCGAUGAAGUUUGAGUUUCAGUGUGGGAACACAGAGCUGAGCGAUUUAAUAAAUAAUGGCAGUAUCCACAUUGAAACAAGG